AAAAAAGAAUCAAACGCCGCCAUGGUUGAGUGGACUGAGCAGGAGCGCAGCGUCGUCACCAGCAUCUUUGCCGGCCUGGACUAUGAAGACGUCGGCCCCAAGGCUCUGUGCAGGUGCCUGAUCGUUUACCCCUGGACUCAGAGGUAUUUCGGCACCUUCGGGAACCUCUACAACGCCGAAGCCAUCAAGAGCAACCAGAACAUCGCAGCCCACGGAGUCACGGUGCUGCACGGUCUGGACCGGGCUGUGAAGAACAUGGAUAACAUCAAGGCCACCUACGCCGAUCUGAGCGUCCUGCACUCAGAGAAGCUGCACGUCGACCCCGACAACUUCAGGCUGCUGGCUGACUGCCUGACCAUCGUUAUUGCAGCCAAAAUGGGAGCCGCUUUCACCCCAGAGACACAGGCCGCCUGGCAGAAGUUCCUGGCCGUGGUGGUGUCCGCUCUGGGCAGGCAGUACCACUAA